AUGUUAACGGAUGAAAAAUAUAUGGAGUCCGAUUUAACUAUCGGGGACUAUCUUAUGAAUAUUUAUAUAGGUAAGCCAAAGGAACAACAUGUUACAGCAAAAGAAAAACUUCUCAUCCCAAGCAUGUCAAGUGGCCUUACCUGGAUACGAAGUGGCUCUUGUUCUUCCAACUGUAACAAUCAACAUCCAUCACUUUAUGAUCCAAAAUUAUCAGAAACCUAUCAGGAUAUUCUGUUUGGCUCAAGAGAGUACAAAGAUCUACAAGGUACUAAGCGCAAGGGAUCAAAUGUGUGCCAAUAUGAGUAUAGUUUUGGCAACAAUCAAUUCUCUUCUUCUGGAGUGUUGGGCAUUGAGAGCUUCUACUUGAAAUCUCCGGGUACAAGUGAUACAAGGUUCUUGGAUAUAGUGUUUGGAUGCGAUCAAGUACAUCAAGGGGAUUUUAAAGAUGGUGUUCAAGGUGUUGUUGGCCUUGGACAAGGGCCAUAUUCAUUGGCUUCUCAAGUGGGACAAAAAAGUUGGCAAGAAAUUCUCGUAUUGCUUGGUUGA